AUUCCGCUCAGUCCGCCGCGGAACGUCGUGGGGGUUACAUCGUUGAUUUGUUAGAAAAUUGCAAUUUGAAAUUGCACCGGUCACUAUUCAUAUACUGAUUUGAACUAUUAAAAGGUUAAUAUAGACGUUAUAAAUAACAAAACCAGACUCGAGGUGUCAAGUUAAUUGAUGUUUGUGUUAUUAUUAAAGUUAAAAGACUUUUUGUAAAGUGCAAGUGGUUUUUUUCGCGAUCUACGCGGCUGCACUUCUUUGGUUGUGUGUUCGGUCAAGAGUAAAGGCACAAUGAACGGUCUGAACGGUCACAGCAACGGCGACAUGAACGGCGCGGGCGACAUCAUCACGCAGAACCAGCAGCGCGGCUGGUGGACCAUCGGCCUCAUCAACUCGCGCUACCGCUACCUCACCGCCGAGACCUUCGGCUUCAAGAUCAACGCCAACGGCACCAGCCUCAAGAAGAAGCAGAUCUGGACGUUGGAGCCCGCCUCGGGGAACGCCAACGACAGCAUGAUCUUCCUGCGCUCGCACCUGGACAAGUACCUCGCCGUGGACACGUUCGGGAACGUCACCUGCGAGUCCGAGGAGAAGGAGGCCGGCAGCAAGUUUCAGAUCAGGUGAACCUGCGCUCCAUCGGCCGCAAGCGGUUCGCGCACCUGUCGGAGUCGCUGGACGAGAUCCACGUGGACGCCAACGUGCCGUGGGGCGAGGACACGCUGUUCACGCUGGAGUUCCGCGCCGACGAGGGCGGCAAGUACGCGCUGCACACCUGCAACAACAAGUACCUCAGCGCCGGAGGAAAGCUGCUGGACACGUGCACGGCGGAGUGCCUGUUCAGCGCGGAGUACCACGCGGGCGCGCUGGCGCUGCGGGACGGCGCGGGCGCGUACCUGGCGCCCAUCGGCUCCAAGGCGGUGCUGAAGACGCGCUCCACGGCCGUGACGCGCGACGAGCUGUUCUCGCUGGAGGACAGCCUGCCGCAGGCCGCCUUCGUCGCCGCGCUCAACGAGAAGUACGUCUCCGUCAAACAAGGAGUGGACGUGACGGCCAACCAGGACGAGAUCUCGUCGCACGAGACGUUCCAGCUGGAGUUCGACUGGGGCACCAAGCGCUGGUACAUCCGCACCAUGCAGGACCGCUACUGGACGCUGGAGACGGGCGGCGGCAUCCAGGCCAGCGGGGAUAACAAGUCGUCCAACGCGCUGUUCGAGCUGGAGUGGCAGGGCGACGGCGCGGUGGCGUUCCGCGCCAACAACGGCAAGUACCUCAUGACCAAGCGCUCGGGCCACCUGUACGCCAACGCCGACGCCAUCGACGACAACUGCAAGUACUACUUCUACCUCAUCAACAGGCCGAUCCUCGUGCUGAAGUGUGACCAGGGCUUCGUGGGCCCCAAGGGCGUGCGCCUGGAGUGCAACAAGGCCAACUACGAGACCAUCCAGGUCAUCCGCGGGCCCAAGGGCGCCGUCUACUUCAAGGGUCAGAACGGCAAGUACUGGCACGCGGACAGCGAGGCGGUGUCGUGCGACAGCGACAGCCCGCAGCCCUUCCACCUGGAGCUGCGCGAGCCCACGCGCCUCGCCAUCCGCGCCGCCGCGCCGCCGCUCUACCUCGCCGCCGCCAAGAACGGCAACUUCCGCCUCGCCUCGCCCGACCUCGCCGCCGCCACGCACUGGGAGUACUAGCCGCGACCACCUCGCACCUCCACUCGUUUGUCGUUUUAUAACAAUUAAUACCAAUAAAAAAGUGAUGACAUUUUGUCGAUUUCAGUCGAGUACAUGCGGCCUCGCUGCAGAUACAGUUCAAUAUGAUAAUGCAAAACGAUUUAAUAACUGAUAUGAAAACUAUCAAAGCCCUAAGUUUAAUAUGAAUGGGGUAAGCUUAAUGAAAAGUAAUAAAUCGACAAUAAGUCAUUGCAUUCUUAAUGUGAUGUUUGUAGGGCCCUUUUUAUACAACUUUAAAAAAUAAAGGAGCCUUAGUAUUUUUUUUUUCAAUAGUCUGGCUGCAUCAUCUGGUAUCGAUCGCCUCGACCUGCUGCCACAUACUGUGUUUGAAAAACUUUACAAAAACAAUAUAAAUGAGUGCCAAACGUUUCAUUAAUUUUUAAAAACUUACACAAACUAACUCAGUUUCAAUAGUGUUGUAAGACUAAUGUACAUUAAGAUAACCGAACAUUUGUAUUUUUGAUAAAUCGAUACCAGAUUCAGAUAUUAAUUAGAAGUUAAUUAAAUCAUUUGAGUAAGCGGAGGUUGAUAAAUGUUAUUUUUUACACAAUUUAACUGUAUAAAGAAUAAGAACUCGAAUGAAUCCUCACAAUACUCUUCCAAGUGCAAAAUUAGCCAACAUUCCGGCGUACAACUUAAUUUGAAUGUAUUUUCUCAAGUUCUACAUUUCCGUGCGCGCGUUUCCAGCUGACGCCAUUUUGAAUUAGAACAGCCAUUUUAUGAAAGACAAGAUGGCGUCCGAACGACCCAAACAGCCGAUUCCCGGUCGAAUCUGCUGCACAUGGUACUUAAUACAAAACAGGAAUGUUCGCAAUGCAGGCAGCAUUGUUUCACUACAUUUCACGAGAAAAAAAAUAUAAAAAUUGCCCGGCGUCUGCUGCGAGCGCGGCAUUUAGUAUGGUUAAGGUUAUUUAUCGCGCGACGGUGCGAAUGUGAUCGUAUGAAAUAUCGCUUCUCUAAUUAUUAUUAUAAUCAUAGAUUAUUUUCAUAAUAUCGGUAGAUCUGCGGAAACGAUUGCUUGAUAAGAAUUAUUUUUAUAUUUUUUUCAGUGACUCGAUUUAUAUAUAAAUAAUUUAUUUUCUAAAAUAUCGAAAUUUAAUUAAGGCAUUAUCGUAAUAUCGGAAUUUUUCGAAGAAUAUUUAUUGGAUAUCGUAGCGUCUAGUCGAAGAAUUUGUGACAGUUUUGUGCGAAUCCGACGUGGGCGAGUGAGCCGACGCCUUGAGACUGAAACCUACGUAAUUUAAAUGAACAGUAAAUCAUUGUACCGUAAUUUAAGUUUUUAACUGGGCUUUUCGCAAUACCAGACGUGCUUCAUUCGUAUCACUUCCAUACAAUGUAUUUCAUUCCUGUCACCGGACGAGUGACCGCAAGUUCUGUACGAGGCACGGAGUCUGGCUUAAGUAAUGAAUAAGCUAAUUAAGUUAAUGUAAGUUAUAUCGGUAUAGGAUUAAGCUGAGUUUACUGCGCUCCCAAAAACGGACGUCCAUUCCAAGAUUUUAAACUUAGACGAGAUUUUUUACAAUUUUUACUGUUAUACAUCUGGUGCAUGUCGCCUGUCGGCGCGCAGUGCUGCUGGUCCUCAUGUGUGUACGAUAACGUCUUUGUAAACUAUUAAUUAAUAAAUUAUAAUCAUAUUGUAAAAA